GGGGAGGGGAGGGAAGGGCGGGGCUUGCAGAGCGCAGGCCGGGCCCGCUGCCCCCAGCCGCCGCAGCACGGACGCCCACCUGGUGCCAGGUGCCCACCCGCCAUCUUCUCCUGGACCCCCAGCGUCCUCCGCCCGCGGCUGCCCGGCGCCGCGGAAGCGUAACGGAGCGGGGCUCGGCUCACCACGGUGGGGCUUGCUCGUAGUAGCCGAUCCGCACGGAAAGGCCCUGACGUGUUGCCAUGGCCGAGGGAGCCACAGCGGCGGAGGCGUGCUUCAGCGAGGAUGAUUUUUACUGUCCCGUUUGCCAGGAGGUGUUCAAAACGCCCGUGAGGACCGCGAACUGCCAGCACGUGUUUUGCAGGAAGUGCUUCUUGACAGCUAUCAGAGAAAGUGGAACACAUUGUCCUCUCUGCCGGGGGAGCGUGACUAAAAAAGAAAGAACAUAUCCCAAAAGGGCUCUAGAUGUUGAAAACAGUAUGAAGAAAGCUUCUGGGGGCUGUAGAUGCUGUGAGAAGCAGGUUAGAUUUUCAUGGAUGAGACAGCAUUAUAAAACGUGUAAGAAGUAUCAGGAUGAAUAUGGUGUUUCUUCUAUUAUUCCAAACUUACAGAUUUCUCAAGAUUCUACAGGGAACAGUAGCAGGAGUGAUGCAAUAUCUGAUAAUGGUGAGAUGGCUAAUAAUCAAGUGCUUCAAGGAGAAACAAGUGGACACCCAACCUUCAAAUGCCCCCUGUGUCAGGAAGCCAAUUUUACCAGACAGCGCUUGCUGGAUCACUGUAAUAAUAGACAUCUUUAUCAGAUAGUUCCUGUAAUCUGUCCUAUUUGUGUAUCUCUUCCUUGGGCAGAUACUAACCAGGUGACUAGAAAUCUCGUUAGCCAUCUAAAUCUAAGACACCGGUUUGACUACGGAGAAUUUGUGAGCUUUUAGUUAGGACACUGGUGGACUCUAUCGGCAGAUCAAAAUGGAAAAGACGUCCUUGACUUCACAGUUCCCUAACCAUGUCAAGGAAGGACAUGCAAUACUUCGGCUGCUGUAUGUCCUGGUAACUGUAAAAUAAAGAAAUAAUCCAAGACUGCUAUUCUUUUUGUACAUCUGAAAAUGUACACCGUCUAUUCAAAUAGAUUGUUCUAUCCUUUAUUAAUUAAUAUCCAGGAAUGGUCAGUUAUUUAUUACUGUAGGUCUUGGUCUUAGAAGUACGAUAUGACUGUAGUGCUUUCUAUCUUCAAAGAAAAAUGCAAGCAAUUGCACAGCAAAACCCUGA